GGGGGACAGGUGUUUAAAGCAGGUCAAAGGGUAAAGGGUGGUAUCAGAAAAAGACAACAGAAGUAAUGAUGUACAGCUGUGACAAGACAGAGACAGCAACAUCUGUGACAUCUGUGGAAUGCAAUUAGAAGAUUUCAAAAAUGGAGUUUUCCGAAAGAAAAAGGAGCAGGAAAUCUCAAAGCUUUAAACUGGUCAAUGAAGAUUUUGAGGCAGGAUACUUGGAUUGUAAUACCAGUGCUGAUAUCAAUGGGGAACCUAAUAACACAGCAGCAACUACAGUUUGGCUAGGUGACAAAGAUGUGGAGAUUAAAAACCAGAUCACCGGAAUGAUGAGACUCCUAAACGACAAGGCAGGCAGAGUGUAUCAGAGGGUGGGAAAAGAGGGUGAGAACUUGAAACAGGAGCCUCAGGAAGUCGACUUGAGGUGGGACCAGCACAUUGCCAUCUCUCCACCUGCCAGUCAGGAGGAGCCCCAGCACAGCACUUGGAAUGAAGAACCGGCAGCAAGACCCCAGGUUUCUGGGCAAUAUGGCACCCGAUCUAAAACCUUGAAAAUGAUCAACAAAAUGAAAAACACAGUGAAGACGAAUGGAGAGAUACCAAUCACAAACAACACUGCUGGGCCAAACUGUUGUAUGUGUAACUGUAAGACCACCAUGCAGGCUAUCUUACAGGAGCUCAGAGCCAUGAGGAAGUUAAUGCAGACACAAAAAGGAGCUCAGUCAAAGCAGCGUGCGCAGACGAAUGUAAGUGCUCAGCGUUUGUCGAUGCCACGCAAGAGGAACAGGAAGAAGAAACCUGCCCAAAAGGUCACUGCACCGGCCUCCCAGAGCAAGAAGUUGUGUAGUCAGCCCGGCAGCACAACAGAGCAAAGUGGAAAGAGGGACAGGCCUGCCAGGGAGCGACUAGGCCCUUCACAGCCCACUCCAGCUUCAGCCAUAGACAUCCAUGUUCCAGAAUACUGUCUUAUCCGAGAAAUGCCUUCCUCAGAACCUGAAGUCCAGCUUGCAGAGGGUUAUGAAGUGUACAUACCCAAAACCCAGCUGGACUCUAUCUUGGUGAAUUACACACGCUCUGGUAGCUUACUGUUCAGGAAGCUGGUGUGUGCAUUCUUUGAUGACACAACUCUGGCCAAUUCCCUUCCUAAUGGAAAAAGAAAGAGGGGGUUAAAUGAUAACAGAAAGGGGCUCGAUCAGAAUAUUGUGGGAGCAAUAAAAGUCUUCACAGAGAAAUAUUGCACUGCUAAUAGAAUUGACAAGCUUCCUGGUCCAAGAGAUUGGGUACAGAUUCUCCAGGAUCAAAUUAAACUGGCCAGGAGAAGAUUAAAACGAGGAACUGGUGAGGCUAUUGUUUGUAAUGAAGAAAGGGAUGGAUGUUCUGCACCCCAGUCAGGUAGAGCUUUUGAGAAGAGCACAGGCCAUGUGUGGGUUGAUGCUGAUAAGGACUGCACAGCAUAAAAAAGUUUUGUUUGCAGUACUUUUGCGCUUUGUGGUAAAUCCAAGUUGAUCUACUUAUCCAGUUUGUCACGUUCAAAUUCAGUUGUUUAGAGAGCUCAUAGUUGUCUUCUCGCAAGACAUAUUAGUUUUGUGUCAGUUGUGAAGUAAUAAAACAUACUAAGACUGCAAAGUGACUAACUUGCUUUACAACUAUGUACAUUGCCUGUGCUAAGCAAAAAGUGAGACUAGAGCUGAACGUUUAGUUGAGUGCAGUAAACUAAGCCCUUUAUUUUGUUCAUGUGACUCAUCAGUCCAGUCUGGGAUAACUUUAGUAAAGGAAUUCUCUGCUGUAGUGCGGAGGGGACUUCAAGCGUUAUGUCUUUUGUAACAAACUCAUUAUUUCCCUUACAAAUGUUUACCAUAGUAAAUAUGUGCAGUGGUUUUGCAGUUUACCAUGGUUAAACAAGAUUGUACCAAGCUUUACCAUGUUUGCCUGUGCUUUAACAUGCUUUUUCUUUUUCCAUAAUACUUUUUUACACUUCUCUAUGUCUUUACUAAAAUGUGUUAUUCCACAGUAUUCUGCAGUAAACUUUUAUUGGGUUUUUUUUAUGAAAUCAUUAUUUUUGAAGAUGUGCCCCAUGCUGUUUUCUAUCAGCUCAACAGAAUUGUAGCAGGUAAAUAGCCACCAAGUCCAGUUUAAUGUUCAGUUUGUACUCAUAUUGAGAGUACCACUCAGUGAUGAUAAAUAAUGAUAAAAACCUAUUACAUUCUUUACUACAUGAGAUUACUACUAUCAGAAUCUGGGGAUAUGUGGAGGAAACGUACUCAUAGUGGUACCAAGUAAAAACAUUUGAAAAAGUGAAAAAGGAAAAUACAGUCUUGGCUUGCCCACCAGUGGAAUUGACAGACAAAAUAAAGGUAGGCAAAUCAAGUGGUAGAAGAAGAAUGUAUUUUAUAACUGCUUCCCGUAAAGAAGCCCUAAAAUUACAUGUUAGAGGGUUCACUGAAGUGAUGUUAUAUUGUAAUAUUUGUAUUUAGUAGAUCGGUGUAGAUAAUAAUAUUGAUCAAAUGGGAUUUUCUUAAAACGUCACUUCAUUUCUUCCAUACAAUUUGUAAAUAUUUUAUUUCAAUAUGUAAAUAUUUAAACCUUUUUUUUUUUAACAAACAGAUGAAUCAUUGUGAAAUUGUUUUAAUACAGUAUUUAAAGUGUGCUGUUAACCAACUGAUCUGUUUAGAUUGUAUUUCUGCUUCAAGAAUUAAAAGGU